GUAUAUAGGUUAUUCAUUUGACGGUCUAAAAGUCUUUUUUUUCCCCUUAAACUUAGAAAAUAAUUUUAUACUGAACUAGAGGGACUACGUGUCUGAACAAGAAUCUUCCACGUCACCAACUUUAUUAACCAGGCAGUAGCCAAUCCCAUUUACCUUCUUCUAUUUAAACCUUGUUCUUUCCGAAAAAAUCUCCAAUUAAAAUCUCUCUUGUUGGAAACAUUUGACUGAAGUUAAAGAGAGGAAAGACUUUGUAUCGGAGACUUUGAUUGCAUCGGAGACUUUGAUUGCUAGAAAAUUGCGCUUCUUUUUUUGUUUUCUUAAGUGCUUCACUUUCUGCGAAGAUGCUUAAGGCCCCUCAGCAUCAAGUGGCAGGACAUGAAGCGGCGGGCAUUGGGAAGCUGGGUCCCCUCGUGGAUGAAUCGGGGCGCUUCUACAAGCCUCUGCAAGGUGACGAACGAGGGUCCAAUGAGGUUGCAUUCUAUAAUUCAUUGUCUACUGACAGUGAAAUCCCGGAACACAUCCAAAGAUUUUUUCCCAGAUUUUAUGGCACUCAGAACGUCGAAGCAUCUGAUGGAUCUGGCUUGCUGCCUCACUUGGUCUUGGAAGAUCUUGCUCUAGGUUGUGCCAAUCCGUCAAUUAUGGACAUUAAGAUUGGUUCAAGAACCUGGGCACCCGAAUCAUCCGAGAAAUACAUCGAGAAAUGCUUAAAGAAAGAUCGAGAAUCGUCAAGCCUUCCUUUAGGAUUCAGGAUAUCGGGGUUGCAAAUCUAUAGGAGCAAAGAAUUAGGGUUCUGGAAGCCCGGAAAGAAAGCUGCUCAGAAACUCUCUGCUGAGGAAGUCAAAUUAGUCCUUAGAAGGUUUAUUUCUUCGAACACAUUGAAUGAUUUGGAUUUGAAACCAGACUGCGCUUUCGCAUCAACUGUUUAUGGCGGCUCUACCGGCAUUUUAUCUCAGUUACUGGAGCUGAAAGCAUGGUUUGAGGAUCAAACUCUAUACCAUUUGUAUUCUUGCUCAGUUCUGGUGAGCUUUGAAAAAGAGUUGGCAUUGGAAGGAAAGAAUCCAGGUGCACAAAUCAAGCUGAUUGACUUUGCUCAUGUUUACGAAGGACGAGGUGUCAUUGAUCAUAACUUCUUGGGCGGUCUCUGCUCGUUGAUAAAGUUCAUUUCUGAAAUUCUUACUGCUCCUAGUGAGUGCAAAAUAGAAGUUUCUGCAAAAGCUGAACAGAAGAACGUUACCGACUCUGAUAAUGGUGUCGUAGCUGAUCAGAAGAACGUUACCGACUCUGAUAAUGGUGUUGUAGCUGAUCAGAAGAACGUUACCGACUCUGAUAAUGGUGUUGUAGCUGAUCAGAAGAACCUUACUGACUCUGAUAAUGGUGUUGUAGUUGAUCAAAAGAAGUUUACCAACUAUGUUAAUGGUAAUUAGCUGAUACAACUGAAACUCUUGUUGGAACCAUUUAGCAGCCUGUAUUCCAAUGAUGCCACGAUAUUCCACCAUGCUGCAGAUAAUUUGCUUGAAUUGUGCAAUUCGGAGCCCUAUGCAGUGCUUACACGCGUUCUUAAGAUUUUUCUGAAGUGUAAAGACAAGCAAAAUUUAUGAUUUGAUUGAUGUAGCAAACAUAAUUCGAUAAUUAUUCUUUGUCUAAACA